UCCUUUCUCUUCAUAUAUGUCUGAGGAAAGUAAAAAAGAAAGUCUUGGUCUAGUAAUAAUUGGACACAUUGAUGCUGGCAAAUCUACCCUUUGUGGCAGAAUGCUUGUUGAAAACGGUGGUAUCGACAAAAGACAGAUGAGCAAGCUGGAAAAUGAAGCAGUUGGAAUGGGCCGAGGAUCAUUUAAAUAUGCAUUUGCUAUGGACCUGACAAAAGCUGAGAGAAAUCGCGGAAUCACAAUUCAGUCGACAGUAAAGAAUUUUGAAACCGAUCGGUUCCAUGUGACUAUUGUGGAUGCUCCGGGGCAUAGAGACUUUAUUAAGAAUAUGAUAACCGGGACAACAUCUGCAGAGGUGGCCAUAUUGGUCAUUGAUGGAACACCGGGAGGAUUUGAGGCUGGUAUUUCUUCCAGGGGGCAAACUCGUCAACACGCACAGUUAGCAUUCGCCUCGGGGAUUUCUUCCGUUAUUGUGGCCGUAAAUAAGAUGGAUGCGAUCGAGGAAAAGGAUCAGGCAGAGCGUUUCCUUAUGAUAAAGAACGAAAUUGGGAGUAUUUUUCAUAAGGUUUAG